AUGGAUACUUUCGCUAUGACUGAAAUUAUUAAUAAUAAUAAGAAAAUUGGUGAAGGAUCGAGUAUUGAUAAUGAGAAGAGAGAAGCUCAGGUGGCUUUAUUAACUUUGAAAAAUAAUUAUGUUCGAGCCCUUGAACUUAAGGAAAGAGUCUGGAAAUUGGACUUAUAUUUAAUCGGCUUAAGUCUUUUAUGUAUAAUUAUUGGAGUUUUCGGAGGUGGUUCUAUUUUUGCUUUUAAAACACUUCUUACCACCGCUUCCAGUUCAAAUUCUAGUAUUGAGAAAGGUGAAAAAAGUGAUAAAAUUCCUGAUAUCGAUCUGACAGAAUCUUCUAUUCAUAUUGUACAAUCUAAAAUAAUAGAUAAUGUGUAUGAUAUGGUUAGAAAACUAAAAGAAAAGAAAAAAGGUCUAGGAAGUUUGGAAAAUGCUGAAUGUUUUUGGUUAUUUGCUGGUUGUAUUAUUCUUUUUGGAAUUGCAGGAUAUGAUUUAUACUAUUUUGCUACUGGAAAUUCUAAUGGAGCUAAUGGAACUCUUAUGGACAAAACCCUAAUUUUUAUUGGUUUUAUUGGCCUUCUAUUUUGUCUAUCUGUUGGCCUCGUGAUCCAAUCUGCAAAACGAUACUUUAUUUCUGAAGAUAAUAAAAAAUGGACUUUUUAUUUUGUUUGCCCUUUUGUUUGGUGCUUUUUUCUUAUAAGAAUGAAUAAAAACAAAGGAUUUGAACUAAAGGAUGUUCAUUUUUCACAUAAAGAAGAAGAAAUGGUCUUAUAUCUUCUUCAUGGUGUAACGUAUAAUGAGAAAUGCCAUAAAUCCUCGCAUUGA